AAGCGUGGAAUUAAUAUUGCCAGUAUGAAGGUAUCCAAAGACACUAAGAUUGACCCGCUGCUUCUGACAGCAUUAGAGUCUCAUAACCCAACAGGGUCCAAAGUUCACAUCAAUGAAGAUGGUGUUAUGUUCUGGCCAGUGAUAUUUUUCUACCCUGAAUAUGCUGAAACAGAUUUCAUCCAUGCUUUCAAUGAACAGGACACCUUGUAUGAUCAUCUGAUACACAUGUUUGGACCUGAAGUAGAUCCACCAUCAUGGGACUUGGAGCAUAAAUUAUACAAGAUCUCACCCGAGUCAACACUGUUAAAAGCAUUACAGAAUAAAAAAUACAUUGUUUAUGCUGGAACCCCUGGAUUCAUUCUCGUGGUUAAAGGAUCCAAGUUUCAACAGGAGUUCUUAAAUAGAUAUAAGAAAUAA